AUGGGUCGUGUCAGAACCAAAACUGUUAAGAAAUCCUCCCGUCAAGUCAUUGAACGUUACUACUCCCGCAUGACCCUGGAUUUUCACACCAACAAGAAAAUCCUGGAGGAAGUCGCACUCAUUCCCACCAAGAGACUCCGCAACAAGAUCGCUGGAUUUUCUACUCAUCUCAUGAAGAGGAUUCAGAAGGGACCCGUUCGUGGAAUCUCGUUGAAGCUGCAGGAGGAGGAGCGUGAGAGGCGUAUGGAUUUCGUUCCUGAUGUUUCUGCUAUCAGGACUGAUCAUAUUGAAGUGGACAAGGAAACCCUAGACAUGCUUGCUGCUCUUGGGAUGUCCGAGAUUCCCGGUGUUGUCCAGGUGGAUCCGGUUCCUGUUCAGCCGAUUCCGUUCGGUCGUGGUGGUGCAGCUGCUGGUGGACCUGGUGGAAGGAGGUUUUGA